AUGAGCUGCUUCCCACGUUCAUCACCAAGGCGAGCGCCAUAUUGCGCCAUGGCGCAGGGCGCAAGGCUAGGACCUGCUCGCCUUAGAUAUGUAUCUCUGUUUACUGGAGCUGAGGAUUCAGAAGUGAUUGAGCGGAGAAGUAAAAUGCGGAAGCAGAUCAAGGCCAAUAUUAUUGUUGCUGCUGCUAGUGGGAAAGAGUUAGAAGAGACGGGAAGUGAAGAUGAUGGUCUUCUGGAACUGAGUGAUGAUGAUUUCUUUGCCAAAGGGAGCUCUAGCGAUGAAGCUGACACAGAUGAUGAAUUGACUGAUAAAAGCACAAAGGAGGCUGCUUCUAGUAGAGCACCAUGUGGCAUGUCUAGUGAUGAAAGGAAUCAGAAGCAAAACUCUGCGAAGGCCCUAAUGCCACCACCACAAGCAAGGUUUGGACCAAAUUCUAGGAAGAAUUCGUCUAUGAAAAGGAAUGAGAAGCCAUCAUCCUCAAGAAACAGAAGAAGUGAGUUCUCAUGUAAUGCCAGGGGUGCUGACACAACUUCAUAUAGCAGUCAGAGUAGCAACUUGAGCUCCAAUUCUGAUUCUCAUAAACCCAAAAGGAAGAGACGACCGAAGAAAAAGAAGCAACAGGUCAGUUUACGAGAUUGUAGCAAAAGAAUUCUCAGCAUGGUUUUGUCUUUCUUUUACUUAUAA